GAAGAAGUGUUGCGACAGGCGGAAGGACCGACGUUACUUUAUAAAUAUGCAAGGAGUGCAUGAUCGAUGAGAUCUCACAAGCACGUUUGUAUAUAAGCCUGCACUUGGAUAUAAAAUUCACAUUCGGAAAACGAAAAGUCAUCGCGUAAGUUACGUUCGUCUCAAAUUAAUGAAUCCAGAAGCGAAACGAGUCAACGGUUAGAUCAGUGAAACUCGUGCUCUGUAUUUUACAGUGAACAAAACUACUUUCUACGGCAAGGAUGAAGAGGUUCUUCUUAAUCAUCCUCUGGGUAGCAGUUCUGAAGGUUUACGGGAACCCAGUGUUACCGCAACCGUUGGUUCUGUCGGGACUCAGCGUGGAAUGGCCGUGCCAGAGCACGAAGAACAUUUACGAGACCAGCGGUCGCUACAUUUCCAGGAACAUAAUCGCUACCAGGGCACAGAUAUACAAUGAUCAAGCUAUCCUAGCACUGCCGCGUUACAAGCCAGGAGUACCGUUCACGUUAGGCGUCCUUUCAUUGAACUCGCAGAGCUGCGAACCAAAGAUAGCUCCGUUCCCAUGCUGGGCUAUUCAAGAAGAAGGAAACUGUCAAGCGUUGCAAAGCGUCGUGGACCUCGUCCUGGACAUGCAGGAUAUCCUCUGGGUUCUCGACGUCGGUAUCGUCAAUACUUUGGAACAACCUGUGCGUAGGUGUCCUCCCAAAGUCGUCGGUAUUAACGUGAGCAGCGGAAAAGUUGUAAAAGUGAUCGACUUGAGCACAUUGACAGAUGAUUCAUCGAGGUUGCAGUACAUGGCUAUCGACUACGCCGAAGACGGCCAGGUCUUCGUCUACAUCUCCGACGCUGGUACCGGUGCCAUUAUCGUUUACAAUGCUACCACGGAUUCCGGAUACCGCGUAAUUUUGCCAGCAGCCGCUGCAUCCGGUACAGACAAACCAGAUGCUCUGUACUUAGCUCUGGUCAGGAGACAAUCUUGCAGCUCCCCGGUUCUCUAUUUCACCUACUUGGGAUCUAGCAGGAUGUUCGCGAUCAAAACUGUGAAUUUGAGAUCCGGAAACGCGAAUGGUUCCAUAGUGGAUGUCGGUGGAAAGAAAAAUAAAAUUGUGAUACUGGGUACUGAUAAUGGAGCUGCUAUGUUCUUUAGGAUCAAGGGUGAUUCGAAUAUCUACUUGUGGAACACCGAUACUCCCUUCGUUCCGGAUAAUUUUCUGUUAGUCGAAAAAGCUAACGAGUGCAGAUUGCCGACACAAGUUAUGCCUGGAUACAAGGAUUUAAUGUGGGUAAUCGAGAGCAACUUCCAAGAUUAUAUUGAUAAUGCUGUCAGCUGUUCCGGGCCAUCGGUAGCUCUUCAUCCCUUAUUAUAUUCUUGCGACGAAUAUUAACAUAUAGAGAUUUUGGGACAAUCGGCGUACUGAACGUUAAUACUAUUAACUUUUCGAGUGUUGCUACCAGGAAAUAUGUUUCAUCGAUGAAAUUGUUUUCGAUUUUAAAAACUAUUACCGACACUUGAAAAGUUAAUCUAGUCAAACGAAAGCUCUUCUGCAUUUCUGGAAGGACAUUAAACCUGGACAAAUAUCAACCAGUGUCAAAUACGAAGCUUCCGCAGUCAUUGUUUCGAAUGACUCGCCAGAACGAAGUGAAUCGUACAUAUUUUUACUGUAAAUGAACAGUAACACUUAUGAAAGUAAAUAAAUUGUCCUUAAGCUAAUA